UACAAAGAGAGCAAAAGGAGGUUUGUAGAUGGUAAUUAGCGUCCUCAAAUAUUUUCUGGUCCGCGGCGGCGUUAUACGGUCCUCGUCUCUCUUUUUCUCUCUUGCACACAUAAUAACAUAUUACAGUUUUGUUUUGGAAUUGAGUAGAUAGCAUAGCAUGGACCAUGCGCCUUCAAUUGAAGCUAAAGAAUUAGUGGAUUGUUAUGGGGGAUUGGAAGAGGAAGGUGAUGAAUAUUGUGUGGUUGAGGAUGUUGAUGCACCGAUAGUCUUGGAUGAUACUAAUAAAGAUGAUGAUAACGUGAAUGUUGAGUUCUCUCAGUCCUUGAACGGUGGGAUUAUGGAGCCCGCAUUAGGAAUGGAGUUUGCUUCAGAAGAUGAUGCAAGGAAUUUUUACAAUUCAUACGCUAAGCAAAUGGGAUUUAGUAUUCGUGUGAAUACAUAUUACCGGUCAAAGAAAGAUAACUCGAUUAUAUCAAGAGAAUUUUGUUGUUCUAAAGAAGGGUUUCGCAGAGAGAAGCAUGCGAAAACUGUGGAAUCUGGGGGUGAUGAAACAAAAAGGAGGCGUGCAAGGCCUAUUACAAGAGAAGGUUGCAAGGCACUAAUGACUGUGAGGAGAAGAGAUAAUGGGAAAUGGCAUGUCGCAAAAGUAGAGAAGAAUCAUAAUCAUGAGAUGGUGACUCCAGCAAUGCGACAUUUUCUUAGGUUACAUAAAGAGGAAUUUGAUCGAAAGAAUAGUUUAAGCAACUCAUUCAGCAGCUGUGGUGGGAUAGGUUUGGAUGCUUGUGCAAGUGUUGACAGUAAUCAUGUUGGCAAAACGUUAUUCAGUUCACAGAAUUGCGUUAAUUAUAUAGGAAGAGGACGACUAAGCACUUUUGGGGUAGAUGCCCAAAGUCUUCUUGGGUUUUUUAAGGUUAUGCAAGCUAGUGAUCGUGCAUUUUAUUAUGCAAUACAGGUAGAUGAAGAAGAUAGGCUGAGUAGUGUCUUUUGGGUUGACACAAGAUCAAGAACUGCAUACAGAAGUUUCUCAGAUGUGGUAGCUUUUGAUACCACUUAUCAGGUGAAUCAGUACAGGAUGCCUUUUGCACCUUUUACUGGAGUGAAUCAUCAUAAACAGUCUCUGCUCUUUGGCUGUGCAUUACUUACAGAUGAGACAGAAUCUACUUUCAUUUGGCUUUUCACAACUUGGCUUGAGGCUAUGUCCGGACAGCAACCAGGAUUAGUCAUAACUGAUUAUAAUCCUGCCAUAACUAGAGCAGUGGAGAGGGUUUUCCCACAAUCUACGCUUCGAUAUUGCAAGUGGCACAUCUUGAGCAAAAUGCCAAAGGAAAUGGGGCAUGCACACACUCUGCUUCCAAAGACAUUUCAAGUGGAAUUUGAUAAAUGUGUUAAUAAAACUGAGACAUCAGAAGAGUUUGAAUCUGCUUGGGAGUUGCUACUCGAUAAGUACAGUCUUAGAGGAAAUGAAUGGCUUCAGUCACUUUAUUUUGAUCGGAAGCUUUGGGUCCCAAUAUAUGUAAGAGACACAUUUUUUGCUGGCAUGUAUGCCGCCCAGCGCAGUGGAAGUGUAAAUUCACUUUUUGAUGGUUAUGUGAAUGCAAGGACUAGCUUCCAAGAUUUUGCAGAGCAAUAUUAUAAGGCUUUGGAAGAUCGAUAUGAGAAAGAAGCAAAAGCAGAGUUUGAGACUUUUUACACUAAACCUAUAUUGAAGACACCACUUCCCAUGGAAAAGCAAGCAGCAGAAAUUUACACAAGAAGAUUGUUUACUGUAUUUCAGAAUGAAAUUUUUGAAUCUCUUCUGUUUGCUGUCAAGUUAUUCAGCAAUGAUGAAGGAACCAGCAGAUAUGAGGUAGCAAGAUUUGACGAAGAACAACAAAUUUACUUUGUUGAUUUAAAUACGUCUAAACAAGCAGCUAAAUGCAGUUGCAAGAUGUUCGAGUUUGAUGGGAUCCUAUGCAGACAUGCGAUUGCCAUAUUCAAGGCUGCAAAUAUAUUUGUGCUUCCACAACAUUACAUUCUAAAGCGCUGGACCAGAAAUGCCAAGGAUGAGGCUAUAUUGGAUGUGCAAUCCUCUUUUGAGAUACAAGGAAAUUCUAGAAGAGGCAAGUAUUCACAUUUAUAUCAAGAAGCAAUUAAAUGUGUAGAGGAAGGAAUGGCAUCUGACCAUAGUCUUAAGGUGGCACUAAGUGCCUUAAGAGAGGCUAGGAUCAAAAUCGUUAGUGCAAAGAAAAAUGCCAUCAAUGGACAAAAGCUCGAGACAAUGGCCAGCAGUAGCUGUCAGGAUGAGAACGCAAUUUCUAGUAAGGUAGACAGCUGUUCUGAGCUAGUAAGCACUACGUACCACCAAAAAAGCUACAGCAAGAGAAGGGCAUACAGAACAUAACAUUAUCCAAUUAAACAUCACAGCAGUCCUCAUAAAAUGAGGUUCGGUUAUGCACUAGUUGCAACUAUCUUGGUCAUCGUGUCCAUAGUUGUUCGGCCGAACAGAAUACAUUAAUGAUGAGCUCAAUAUACUCAUACAGUAUUGAUGAUAUUUUAUUGAACUUAAGUGACUGAUAUUAACAUAUAGAGAGUUGUUUUCCUUCUGUAGGACAAUGAAAACCAGAGGCUUCCUUGUGCAGCCAGUCCACUCAGGACAGGAGAAUGACAUUCCCCUAAAUUAAGGUUUUCUUUCAGGAGUUUGUGACCAUGCUUACAACUUUGUGCUCUUAUUCUUAAAUCGUGAAUAAAAGAUGUGAAUAGUAUUAUAAGGAUUUGCAACUGUGGUCAUUUAGUAGUUUCAUCAAUGCGAUAUUUUAGUUUUUUAUCUUCUUGUUGUCUCUGCUGCAAUGAGUUUAGUUUGUGAUUCUUCUUCGUCCUUAGAUUUGUUUUUGACGUCUUUCGGCUGUAAUGGUCAGAUUUGUUUUUGACGUCUUUCGUCUGUAAUGGUCUUUGUGAUCCUUUCUUUAUCCCUAUAGACCAUAACAAAUUUUUAUAAAAUUACUUGCCUCCAUUGCUUUAAAA